GUGUGUACCGCGGGUUUAUUCAUGCCUGCCUCAUCAGUGCCGCGCGCCUCGCCCUUUCCACACCUUAUCUUUAAACCAGAGACGCUUUAGAAGUGAAACAAACGACAAACUGGGGGUACAUUUCUCCACUGUGCGACUCAAUCUGGACUGUAAAACACAGGAAUAAACGGCAACAUACGGGGAGCAAGUUAUGACAUAGUAUUGUCCAGCUGAUAUCACAACUGACGCGAGAUCUGCGUUCAACUUGUGCGAAACACAACCAGCCGUCCACAGACCCAACACCUGGACACAUCUGUCAGAGCUCCGCUCUGUGUUUUGGAGCAGAAAACGGAGAUUUUGACACUUGUUAGUGUCUUUUUUUUUUUUUUUUGACCGAUUGAGUGACAUUUGGAGCCGUAAACCCCAGCAGGCAUCGCCAGAGUGGACGCGUCGUGCGCUGGACAGAGCAAGUAGGAUGGCUGCAGACAUCAUUUUAAGGACACGUUUUUGACACUUUUUUUGGAAGCAGAGACAUAUUAAAUUAAAUUAAAUCCAGACAGUUUUCAGCCAUGAUGAAUUCAAGGGAUUCAGAAAAUGACACGUGCCACAGUGAGAACCACAUCGACGCCACCAUGAGCCCGCUGAUCAGUGCCAUCAUGUUCGCCGCAGGCAUCUUUGGCAACGUGGCCGCCCUGGUGAUCCUGGAAAUCCGGCGAUGCAGAGACUCGAGGGCAGGGGAAACGCGGCGGCGUUCGUUGUUUCAUGUCCUCAUCACGUCGCUGGUGGUCACGGACCUGGCAGGGACGUGCCUGAUCAGUCCGCUGGUGCAGCUGUCAUAUUCGCGCAACACUACCUUGGUGGGGAUGGCACCUAAAACUCACAGCGUGUGUGCGUACUUUGGUGUCAGCAUGACCUUCUUCAGCCUGGUCACCAUGUCACUUCUCUUCACUAUGGCGCUAGAGAGAUGCUUUGCCAUUGGGUACCCCUACCUGUACAGCCGGCAUGUCACCAAGAAAUGUGCCUAUAUCACAAUCCCGUUGGUGUUUUUGUUAUGCAUGUUAUUCUGUCUCCUCCCUUUUUUGGGAUUUGGUAAAUACGUACAAUACUGCCCCGGCACAUGGUGCUUCAUUGACAUGAACCCAGUGGGAAACAACAACCGGGCCUACGCCAACCUAUAUGCCACUGUUAUGCUGGUGCUAGUGCUGGCUAUCGUGGCUUGCAAUGGUUUUGUGGUGUACCAGUUGUUCAGGAUGUACCAACGUCGGAGGAGGAACUGCGGCUCAGUGAUGGCGACCAAAAGAUCCAACAGCGAACGCAGGGUGAUGUCCAUGGCCGAGGAGGUGGAGCAUCUCAUCCUGCUGGUCUUCAUGACCAUCAUCUUCAUCAUCUGCACACUGCCACUGGUGAUCCGGGUGUACAUCAACUCCAUAGGGGAUCGCAAGGAGUCUCACCGUUUGGACCUGAUUGCCCUCCGCUUCAUCUCCGUUAACUCCAUCAUCGACCCCUGGGUCUUUAUCCUCCUCUCCCCCAGCGUGCUGCACUUUUGCUGGGCCUCGGUUUGCCGGGCUCCCCUAGGAACCUCCAAGGGUUCCGCGUUUAAAUCAUCACUGGCCAAAAAUAAUUCUGCAGCUAUCCUAGAACUGUCUCGCCCAACCUUGCAGUACACCGAGCAUUUUCACUCUGUGGAAACUCUAUGACCAUAACUGUACUUUAUUAUUUGAUAUUUAUAUUUAUAAGACACAGCAUUGGAUAGUGUGUUCCACUUCUAGCAUUUGAGCUAAGUUUAUGCAUGUUGAAUGCAUACUGACUUCUCUAGAGCUUCAUAUUUUAAGUGUAAAAGCUCAACAUUUUCGCUCCUGUGCUGCUUGUAUUUUAUGCAAAUGAAUCAAUUAAAUGAAAACGGCUGGUGACAGGAACUAGAAAAAGAAAGAGACGUCAUUCAGGUUCUGUGAUGAUCUGGAAUAGACAAACUGCUUUUGUCUACACUGUAUUAAGAUGAAGAUGUUCAGUUGGAGAAUCUUGUGCAAGGAGAUGAUGUGACAGAAUGCAACAUGCUAAGGACAUUCAUCUGUCAAUGUGUACAGAAAUGGGAUUAGCCUUCGAUUCAGGACAAACACAGAAGGAAGAGGUAACCAAAUGCCUUAUGGCCUUGCUGUACAUGCCUUCUCUGACGCUCAAUUGCCGCUUUCCGAGCAGUUGUUACCGGGCCUGGGAUGGUGACAUGAACGAGAUAUCACAUACAGGCAUGAACCAUUUUCAAAUGUAAUCUGUCUGAAGAAUACCUAGACAUAUAAGACAUGUUUAUAUUAGUGUAAAUGAGACCUCAAAUAUUUGAUAUUAAAUAUGACUUUCUCUUUUGAAUACUUAAGCGGUCAUUGGUCAUCAUCCUGAGAACAUUAUCUUAUCACCUCUGAGCUUCAUAACCCCAACCUUAAGCUCUGGUCGCUUUGGUAACCUUUCCCCCGCCACUCCUACCAGAUUCCUGCUGCAAAGGUCAAAGGGCAAGAAGCAGGGAGAGGCCUUUUGGUAUACAAGAUAGUACGGCUGAUAGUAGGAAUGAGUACCAGAACCGGAGCUGGGCAAGCAGGCAACGGAACCGGGCUUAGCAGCCUCCCACUGAACACGGUCUCCAAGACCGACGGAGGUCGUUUGACGACAGGGAAUACAGUACCGAGGUGAUUUAUAGCGGCUCCAACCAGGACUCCGGGGAUGACGAAGACACAGGAGAGGCGUGAAGCGGGAGAGGAGCAAGUUUGUAGCGAGUUAAUUUGUAAGUAACAUUAUACAUCAUCCAUCAUAUUGAUAAGAGCGCAAGUAUUUGUUUUUGUUAUUUAUUCCCGUGUUUUGAACAACGAGACUUGUGUGAUGUUAUACUGCGUUGAAAUAAAUUAACAAAAUGUUCAGUCGCCUUGUUGUUCCGACAUUUUCAGAAAAAUGUUACCGCUUUUGCUGUUAUUAACAGGUGCGUCGUGUGUGCACCUGUAAAAAUUAUUUUUUAAAGGCUCAUUAUUACGGUUUUGUAUUUCUUUGUAAUGUAGCACAGGGUUAACAAUGUUACUUAUAACAUUCUUUCUCAGCCCCGGAACUCAAACAAUUUUCUAAUGCACCAAAUAUAUACAUUUAAAUAAUUAAAUGAAUAUAAUAAACUUUCGACGACUAGUCAACUAAUCGCUUGAACUAAUGACUACUAGUCGACUAGGAAAAUCUUUAGUCGGGGGCAGCCCUACAAGAUAGUUAGAUAACUUCCCUCAGGGAGUGGGUGGGAGAGAGUGAUAAACACAGAAAAGGUUAUGUUGAUGGUAGUGACAAUAUUUCAUUUAUAUGUACAUGCACAGAUAGUAUAGCAUAAUGAUAUUUUAUAAAAAGUUUCUCAUAUGAGACUGCAGUUACCUUUUGACUUGAAAACUUCUACUUAUAUAAUUAAGUAACAGCAGAGCUUUAUGAAAUAAUGAAUGAAUGUUCGCACACACUUGUAGCAAAUGAUGGUACUUCAUAAAGAGCAAGCUAAUGACUUUAAUGACAAAAUAACACACUUAGGAGUAUUUUGUUAAAACAAUUUUACAGAUUAGGUUCUCUAUAUGUUAAUUAAUAUUAGAGGAGGACCCACACAUAAAAAACUGUCAGAAACUCCACAGGGUACCUUUAACUGUUUGGUUAUAGUGGAAUUACCAGCACCGUCUUUGGAAAAUGUUGUUUUUCAAAGUCUUAAUCAUUUAAUAAGAUAAUAAUCUCAUUUACAAAAUGUAAUAUUUAUACAGUAUACAAUCUAAAAUUUCGAGCCUGUAUGUUGUUGACAUAAAUUGAAUGAUACCCUUUAAAAAGUACCAUGUUUUGCUUUCAAUGUGUGCCAUAUAACAGUUCUCAGUUAGUAGACAUGUCAUUUUGGGACAGAACUCUUAACAACUUUACAUUUUUCACUCUGUAUCUUGCUUUAUUUUCUCUUGACAGGUACUUUGUUCUGUCACGUUGCCUGAAAGUUAUUUGGAAACUAUGAAAAGAAAGCCCUUCAUAUUUAUCCAUAAACUUUACGACUGAAGUGCUGUUAUUUUGGUUCAAUGUGUGUCUUUCCAGAGGACUACCAUUUAUAUGGGACAAAGGACAUCCACUUAUAUUGCCGCUCAUAGGCCAUAUGGUCAACUUCAUGAUUGCAGUCACUAAUUAUAUCCUCAAGCUGUUCAAACAAGUUCAACUGCCAACUAAAGUAAACCCAGAAAAUGCAGGUUUGCUUUCAGGUCCACCAAUAAGUCUAAAAAUCUCCCCUGCCAUAGACUCCAGCAGUCAGUUUGCAGUUAGUAUGGUUAUCUGCCAGCCAUCAACAAAACACAUCAUUACAUUACAAUGAUGUCAGUUCUAACUGGCUUGCUGAAAUCAGAUGACCACUGAGUUUCAUGGGAAAAGCAGGUAGUUUUCGCCACUUUGUUUCUUACGUUUGCAUACUGGUAAAGGUUACACAUGGUGGAUUCAUACUGGGUUAAAUUACACAACACCAUGGGGAAUUGUAACUAUUAAAGCAUCUUCUUCUUUAAAACAAAUCCAAUUUCAACAGGGCUCGAGUGUCUGGCAAGAAAAUAAGCUACUACAAUUUUUUGCGGGCUCUCUGGUCAUAAAUCUCUCGAAAGAGAAAAACACUCGUGUGGAAUGACUCGGAUUAUGCAACAGCAAGGGUCCAGUUUAAAUUGAAAUACUAUGGUGUGGAAAAAGUGUGUAAAAUGUGAGGGGAAAAAACCCUACAAGUUCUCAACUAUCUGUCAUUUUAGAGGAUGCCAGAAAAUUUGUGAGCAUCGGGUAAACUUUGGGGCUGUAAGCCUUUAUUUAAAAGUGUCCAGGCUGUGAGUGUGUGAGAGAGAGUGUGUGUGUGACAGAGCACUGACGAUAUUGUUUGGCUAUUGUGUUGUGAGAACCGCAGUUUAUUGCCUCUGUCGGUUCUCAGCUCAGCAUAAAAAAUAUUCAGUGUUUACGGCAGUGACUUCCUGUGGAUGUUAGGUGUGAUUUUUUUUUUGUGAAUGCUUUUUCCUCUUGUGUUUUUGUGUGUAUGUAUUUUUUGCAAAUAUACAUACAAAAAGUUCCCACAUAAAUGCUUGUGUAUGCAUGCGCCUAAAAUAAGUGCAAGCUAUGUACAUGCUAGUGUAUGUGUGUGUGUGUGUGUGUUUGUAUGCAUGCGUGUGUGACAGACAGCACUGAAAUGUAAUGAUGUCAAACCAGAAUGCUACCUUUCUGGAUGUCUUGUACUCUGUAAUUAUCUGUAAAGUACUGUAGAUGAAACUGAAUGCACUGAGCACACGAGUGUGUAUGUCUGUGUUUUAAGGCUUGUGUAAAUAAACAUCUCAUCCACCACA